AUCAAAAUGAGCUUGUUGGUCUCUCUACCGCUGCUAUUGUUCUUUUUCGUGUCUCCAGAUGUACUUUUUCUAAUUUUCCCAGAUCACAUCGUUUAGAGUCAGAGAGUCAGUGGUGACAAGGCAUUUGUAACGAUGGUGGCCUCGUUGGACGAAUACCCACAGCUAGUGACAGACUUAACGCAACGCAGCUUCCCAUUGAAGGUCCUGGAAUCAACCGCCCUCAUUGUUCUCAUUGCAUUAGCGUUUUUUGGCAACGUUCUGAUCUGUGUGGCUCUUCUCCGGACCCCUGCUCUCCGUACAGUGGCAAACAUGUUUGUCAUAAAUUUGGCUGUGAGCGAUAUUUUAAUGGCGGUGGUUUGUAUGCCGCUAACACUGUGUGUGCUUAUCUCAGGGAAUUGGCCAUUCAGCGUGGCGGUUUGCGAUCUUCAAGGGUUUUUCAUGUUUUCGUUUGGAAUCGUUUCACAAGUGAACAUGUCCGUAGUUGCUUUAAAUCGCUACUUCGCUGUUUGCCGACCGUUUGAUUGCAAAGCCAUCUUUACCAAGGGAAACGUGAUUUGGAUGAUUGCCCUGCUUUGGAUUUUACCAAGCGUUGCUAGUGUUCCUCCUUUGGUGGGCUGGGGAUAUUACGCUUUUAAUGGGGGCAAAGCUUUCUGUAUCUACCCCUUCAACGUCAACUUGAUUUACACCACGAUUGUUCAGCUUCUGUUCAUUGCAUUCCCUCUGGGACUUAUCGGAUUCAGCUACGCGAAGUGCAUCAUGGCCAUAAGAGCAAACAACCGACAAAUCGCGCAGAUGGAAGACAACUCUCGCCCGUCCAAUCAACAGUCGAGAAAAGCGCGCGAAAUUCGUGCCACUUGGACAAUGAUGUUAGCCACCUUGGGCUUCAGCUUGUGUUGGUUUCCAGUCUCCUUCAUAGAUUUUGCAGACACCUUCACAGGAGGCGGGAAUUUGCCACGGGGAGUUUUUACGCUCAACGGUUUUCUGAUCUUCACGUCAAGUUCUAUCAAUCCUCUCAUUUACUGGCUAACAAACCGCGACUUCCGAAAGGCUUACCAGAAUUUGUUGCCGUGUACGAAAAAUAAUGUUGUAAUAGUGGCCGAGGUUUCACGCACCACACAAAUCACUCUUUCUCAACAACCUGUGGAUGAAUAACUGUAAUAUUUAUUUCAUUCAUUCAUCUAAUAUGCAUUUAUCCUUUGCUAUCAUCAGAACGACAAUGAUUUGACCUAAUUGUAAAUAGGUUAGAAUCCACAUUGAUGUCAUGUUAAUUUUUUGACUGUGUGCAUGCAUUAUUAUCUCUACAACUCAGUUAAAUUAAAACAUACUUUAAGAUCAAUAUAUCAAACAAAAGCGUAGCAAUAAUUUUUUAAAUGGGUUGGGGGGGGGAGGGUCAAGCUGUGUUACAUCCAUGGGGUACCUGUACCUACCAAAUUGUCAUGUUGACACCCACGUGGGGUAUUACUAAAAAUCGCAUUUUUUUCGCGUGAGCAGCUUGCGUGCGACAAGCCCUUUCUAGUAAACAGAGUAUCAAGCAUUAGAAAAGAUUUAUGCCCUGCUGAUUCUUUCGGCAGAGCAGCGCGUUUUCUCCACGUAAAUGAAAGGUUUUAGUUGUUGACCAAAAUAAAUUCUCAGAAAGGGAUGGUCAUGGGCACCCAAGGGCUUCGCCUGUUAGCUAGGCCUCUGCCAAUGUAAGCAGUCGUACACAAACUGACGCUCUUGUCACUGAUCUUCUAGCGCCGUUUACUCGGAAGGAGGAAGCGUGUUAACCUUUGCGCAUUGUUCAGCACCUUGAAAUUGAUUUUUCAUUGAACUUGAUUCAAAGUAGUUAACAUUCCAGUUUAUGCUAAAGAAGUGUUCACUUUGCGUUAAUUGUUUAAGAAAAUCGAUUUUUUUCCCGCGAAACAAAGUGAAAUAAACUUUUCUUUAAGGAUUUCCCAUUGCUACGGGUUAUUUCGUACACGUAAAACAGCUUCUAUGAGAUGUGUUUGCAGAACAUGAUUUAUUAAGAAAAACUUUGUCGUAAACAAAAAAUAAUGUGACUGGCCCUAAAGGAUCCAAAUUUCCCCAUUUAAAUAGCUUUUAAUUAUUAUCUAGAUUAAAAAAUGUUUUGUUAAAACUACUUACUUUUAAGUUAUCAAAAUGACCAAAUUAUCCAAGUUAAAAUUAAAAUUAAAGCUAUC